AUCCUCAAGGCAAGGAACCCAGCGUACGGGCUGCGAGACCUCGAGUCGCAGAUUGUGCCUCUAGCAAAGGCAAAUGGGCUGGAUCUGGGAGAGGUUAGAAGACUGGCUGCGGGCAAUGUGAGUCAUUCAGGAGAUGCCUCACGCUGGACGCUUCAGCUCAACCCAUACUCCUUGCUCCUCGUCGUCUUUGCAGCUCCUCCUGAUCUUCGAGCGUAGGUAGACGCGGGCGACCUCCUCGCGUUCCAGCACCUCAGCGCCAGCGGACCCUUGUCGCCUACCCAGCUACACAGAGAAUGGACUCCAUUGUAAUAUACCACACUUGCCUUUUUUUCAAGCCUCUCUCUCUUUGUCGGCCGAUCUCUCAGCAGGUGUUGGCCUUGUGAUGCUCUCCACCGCGCGGUUUUCCCUUGAGUGGGAGAAAGUGCGUGGCUCGAGCGUCAACUCUUCUUGUCCUCCCACCAUCAUGUCCGCCUCUACCGAUCCAUACAAGCUCCUCCUCGCAGGCUACAGCGGCAAAGUCGCAUCAUACACCUUUACGCCGCCCUCUACCCUCACGCUCGAUGCGGAGGUGCAGGGCGAGGCGGGCAAGUCCCCUUCAUGGGCUGCCUUCUCCCCUUCGCUACCAGUGGCAUACGUCUGCGACGAGGACGAAAGCAAGGGAAUGGUACAUGCUUUGAGCUUGCCUGGUCUACAGAAGGCAGGCCAUGCUACCGAGACAGACGGGAAGGGGCCAUGUUCUGCCAUUGUUGUUGGACACCUCCUCUUUGUCGCCAACUAUCUCACCGGUUCCACCUCAAUCCACUCGCCCACUUCUUCCGACGGCUCCCUCGUCUCCACGACCCCUUCGCGGAUCAUCCCCUUUCAUCGCUUCCCUCCUGGCUCGACAGGACCCGUCUCCUCGCGACAAGAUCGCUCCUAUGCUCAUCAGGUCAUCGCUGACCCCUCAGGCAGAUUCGUCUACAUCGUAGAUUUGGGAGCGGAUCAGGUCCAUCGAUUGAGGGUACCAGAGAGUGGUAGGGCGGACGAAGUAGAGGCAGUUGGUGAGACGGAGAUAGAAGAGGGAGCAGGGCCUCGUCACCUUGCAUUCCACUGCGACUCAGCUACAGGCCACACAUACGCCUACCUAGCCUGCGAGCUCAACACGACCCUCCUAGCCUUCCACGUCGACCCAAAGGACGGGUCACUCCAACCCAUAGGCGAGGCUCAGUCCUCCCUUCCACCCGGGCUCGACGCAGGCGGUACCCCCGCAGAUGGCAACGCUCGUACGACCAGCGAGAUCGCCGUCUCUCCCUGCGGUCGCUUCGUCGACGUAGGCACGCGUGGAGACCCUGAAGAAGAUCAUAUUGCUGUCUUUGCCCGUCGGGAGAGCGGGCAAGUCGAGUGGGUCGGGUGGGACGGAGUAGGCGGGAGAAACCUGCGGCACUUUUCUCUGUCGACUGAUGGCAAGUGGGUAGCUGCGGCCAGUCAGAACGAUGGAAGGGUGGUCAUGCUGCGACGAGAUGAUGAAUCCGGUAGGCUAACAAUGACAGGCGAGGCUAGCAUCGACUUCGAGAAAGUGGCUUUCGCUGGCUUUGUCGCAGCGGGUCGUUGAUCAACUCGCGGCCCCAGCGCAGCGCCUCUGCGCACCUAUCUUAGCCCUCGCCAGGACAUAAAGUGCUCGUUUGUCUGUGCUUCCAUGAAGUGGACCGAUAGGCGGCGGGCGGGCCGUGCGUUGCGGUUCGGCUGAGGAAUGGAAAAAGCGGGGCCUGAGCGAGGGACUAGAUUGAUUGCUUUGCGGCCGAGCCUAUCGAAUGGGCCAGGGGGUCGAGGUCGUGGUGAUAUUGGAGAUGGGCAGCAACUUCGAUAGCUUCUCUACACACUCUCUUUUCUCCACUCUCUGGCCAUCUUACUAUGGCUCUCCCUAUUCGCCUACUCGCGCUAU